AAGGAGAAAUGGGAUGAUAGAGAUUGCAAAAAGCACAAUCUGGACAACGUUGAAAAGAAGCCAUCUUCAAGACACUUGAUCCCAUCACCUUCUCCAAAAUCAAGCAUCUCAAUACUGCCAUGGAGAUAUGGCAAGGUCUUGGGAAGUUAUGUGAGGGAUCGGAGGAUCUGAGAAAGCAGAAGAUAGAGGUCCUGCUCGAGAAGUUCAAAAGCUUCAAAAUGCUUCCUGGAGAAUCAUUUGAUAUGUUGGAUGAAAGAUUCCACAAAAUCUUAAUUGAUCUUGCAUCACUUAACCACACUCUUUCUCCCAAAGAAAAGAAUGUGAGGUUAAUGAGGUCUCUUCCAGCUGAGUGGUACACCAAAGCCACAGCCAUGGAAAAAGGAAGAAAUCUGGAGAACUACACUGUCCAAGGUCUCCUAGAUGAGCUCAGAACCUAUGAGCACGAGCUGAAGAAGAAAAAGGAAGAGCAAGUCACUCCUUUUCCCACGGCAUUGAUGACAACUCCCAGAGUCCCAGCAAGGGAAGGGACAUGCCCAAGGAACUGUGACACUCCUUCAUCAAGUCAGCCACCAAGCUCAAAAACAGGGAACUACGAUGAGGAAUUUGCAAUGAUGAUCAAGCAGUUCCGGAAGUUCAAGAAGUUCUUCAAGAAAACUGACUCAGUCAGAAGGCCAUCCAAGGGAAAGCUACAGGUAAGCGACUCCCCUCCUGAAUCUUAUUUCUGUUAUAACUGCAGGAAACCUGGCCACUGGAAGUCAGCAUGCCCGUACCCAAAAGUGGAGAAGCGCGGAGAAAGAGAAAGAAACGAGAAGAAGAAGAAGGAAAUGGUAGCAGCUGAGAGUGACGAGUCAUCCAGCUCAAGCUCGGAUGAAGAAUCCCUCGUCUGCAUGGAGCGCAGAGCUGAGAAGUCCAACCACGAGGAUCGGUGGACUAUGUCAGAAGAUGACACUCUCUACCUAAUGGCCAAAGAUGAUGCUGGACAAGAGGUAACAUCACAAACCUCUUGCUCAUCUUCUUAUGAAAGCAUACCAACUUCUGAAAAUUUUUUUGACAAGUUCAAAACGAUGAUGGAAGACUUUGAAGAAAUAAAUCUUAAACAUUCAUCCUUAACAGAAGAGAACAAGCUAUUGAGUGAAGAGAAUAUCAAGUUGACUGAAGGUCGGAAAAGUCAACUAAGUGAGAUCACUCAACUCAAGGCUAAGAAUGAAUCUCUUUCUGAAAAGGUGAAAUCCCUCAACAAGGAUCUAGGGAUACUGAAGUCCAAAGAAGCAGUGGAUAAGCUUCUUGAAACGACCAAACAUAAGAGUCGUGAAGGACUUAGAAGAAAACCUUCUAACCCCCACUAUACACGAGGCUACACUCAUUAUGGGGACAUGGCAUCCCUCAAGAACAUCUCCACAAAUGAAGUCAUUCUCACUGGGAAGAGAAUCAGAAACAUCUACGAAGUAAUGUGGGACGAUGUCAAGGAAUCAUGCCUAAUCAGCAAAGACAAUGAUGAAGAGAUCAAUGAAGGAGAUAAAAUGAAGCCUACGGAGUUCAUUCCUUUCGGAAGUCUACCACUGAAGACUUCACAAAGAAAUCUGGAUAAUGCUGAGCCGACCAGAAAUCAUGGCCAGCCUUCCAAUAUUUCGGAUCACUCAAAUGGUGACAAUUCCGGAAGUGGCGACUCAGUGCCAAUCCAUCCAGAAACACCAACAAACUCUGUUCUUCAACCAGAAGCUGAACUAGAUCAGCCAGUCAACCCAAAUCAACACAAUCUUCGUUGGUUAAGGGAUCAUCCUCCUCAACAAGUCAUUGGAGAUAUUCAAUCACGCGAACUCUCCGAAUUCCUUCAUCUAGAAAUCAGCUUCAAGUAUGAAGAAGAAGUUCUUGAAUUCUACAAGAACGGGAAGAUCUCAACGAUUCAAUCCAAGAAGAACCCACAGAGGACGAUUCAAGUAAUUAAGUCCACUGUUGGAGGCACCAAGGUGAAGAUUUCUCAGAAGAAAUUGAUGAAAAAGCUCCAUCUUCCCAAUUCUGGAAUUGAAAUUGGGAGGCUCAUGUCCAAGAAUCUGGACUGGAAAACUAUUGGGAUUUCUGGACAAAUCCCCUCUGGCCCAGCAAAGAAGGCCGACUUGAAGAAUGACUAUAAAUUGGUCCUAGAGCUGGUCAUUGCAUGCCUAGAAUGUGGCAGUGGAGGACAUGCAGAUGACAUAACUCAAGAAAGGGCAUUCAUCAUCAACGCUCUUAUCGCCAGGACAAAGGUAAAUUGGGCUAAACACUUUUUCAACUCUGUUUCAAUGCACUUAGGAAAGCCCAAGCAGAAAUAUCUCUGUCAAGGAUUGUACCAUGGGUACAUUUUGGAAUCCUUGGGUGUUGCUUCUAAAGGCAAGAAGUAUGAUACCAGAUAUUGGCUCUACUAUUUGUCUUCUAAAGGAGAAAACAGAGCUAGUUCAACUGUAGAAGAUGAAGGCUCUUCAGACAAUGUCCUAAUUGUAAGUCUAAAGAAGUCCUCAAAGAGGAAGCAAGUGGUGUCUCCCUCCCCCAGCACUGAGGCACCACACAAUCUUGCAGUGAUUAAUUUGGAUGAAGAAGAAGAAGUUCCUGCCCAGGGAGAACUUCAAAAGAAGAAGAAAAGAAGAAUCUCCUCUCCCUCUACAUCUGGAAAUGCAAAUACGGGUGACUUGGUGGAAAAGGAACCAUUUGAGGAAGCCUCUGCACACAACCAGAGUCCUCAACAACUUGAUGAAGAUGAAGAAAUCCCUCAAGACCAGAGUUUUCCAUCUCCUCAAUCACAAGCUCAAACUGAUGAUGAAGUGAGCAAAUUCAUGCAGCUCUACUAUGAUUGGAGAGCUUGGAAAGUUAGAAACUCUACAGAUCAGUUAGUUGAAUGGGAUCAACAACUGAAAAAUGAAAGGAUUAUCAAGAGGUGUUUGGGACAGCCAGUCAACUAUUUUUGUGAGCAAAUUCUGGAUGAUGAAUGGGUAUUGCAGAAAACCUAUGAGGAUCUACAUUUGGAAUACUUGGCCACCUCUCCAACUUCAGAGUUUGAAACUGAUGAUGAGGACACGACAGUCUACAAACCAAUCCUCUCAAAGCCAACUGAAGAUCAGACUGUCCUCACCACUGAAGCACAGGCUGACAUGGAAGCCACAGCAGAGGAUUUCCAUUCUGUGAGCAAUACAAUGAUGGCUUAUGCAUCUCACAGCCAUCUUCAAUUCAAAGAAGCCACUGCAAUCAAGCAGCAGAUUUCCACAGUCACAGUCAACCUUCAUAAGCAGAUGUCUCCCCUCCAGAUGGAUAUCAGAUCAGCCCUAGCAGUGUCAUCAGCAAACCAGGUGGUAACUCAAGACUACCUAAAGGUUCUUGCUGACAAUCAAAAAGAAGCAUUCAGGCUCUUCAGGCACUUUGGCACUUACACUGGGAAACACAAGCUGGAAGUGAUUGUCCAACCUAGAAGUCCAUCUCAAAUUCCAAGACUUCCAAUUGAAGUCAAAGAAGGAGAACUCUCAUACAUUCCAUCACACCUGAACAUGACGGAGCUGAUACUUGAAACCCAGCAGAGCAAUCUGGAGAACUCAAUCUAGCAUCUGUCAAACACUGAGUUUGAUGGAACAAAAGCUGUAGGAACCAUUGCCUCCCACUUCACAAAUGAUUCCCAUAAAGAAGAGAGAUAUAACAAUCUCAAGCGCAUCCAGGAAGAGUGUGGAGUCAUGCAAGGCAUUGGGGAAUGUAAUUCUGGCGGAACUUAACUGUUUUUGGCUAAUACUUGUCUUGUGGCAAUGAACUAUUGAUAAAAUGUAACACCCCAAUCCGUAUAACCCGGAAUUACACGAAUUAAGGUGAAACGAGAGUUAAAUAAAAAAUUUCGCUUGACAUUUGAAAAUGACAAUUACUUAUAAAUAUUAAAUUUACAGACUCUGGAUCGCGACCCAUUUAAAAAUAUUUUCAGAGUAAUGCGGAAGUACAAUAAUAAUCAAAUCAUGACACAUUU